AGUCGGACGGAAACAAAAUUGAAGUAGAAGGAUGCAAUGUGUUAACAAAUUCUCCUUGAUUUCACCAUCACCAACCUCCACAUCUGAUUUUCCAAAUUUGCAGUCUAAUCCGACGUUUCUUCGCCUCAGGAUUGAAACCAAAAAGCCAUAUCAUAGUUCAGAAGCUUAUGACGACAAUCAAUGCAAAAUUGUGUCCAAAAAGGCUGUCCUUUUACCUCCAAAUGUGAAAGCCAUUACAAGCACAUCAAAUCCAUUUGUCAAACACUGUGUCAAGCUUCGGCAGAGCUCCUCGUAUCGCCAUUCCCACAGCUCCGUGCUUGUUGUCGGCACCACGCCGAUUAGGGAAAUAGCCAGCUUUGAUAAAGCCCAGUCACAGAGGCCUACAAUUGACUGCUUGUUCGUGCUCGAAAACAGUCAGAUCCCUGAAGAAAUAACUAAGAAUGCUGCUCGUGUGGUUCAUGUUAGUUCAGAGGUGAUCAGUAAAAUCUCUGGUGUUCUAUCCACUGACUCGGUUGAAGUGAUUGCCUUGUUGAAAAUUCCUUCGACAUUUUGCGACAUUGGAAACAGCUUGGAUCAGAAAGAUUUUCGUAGGUUGUUUCCAUUCCCUCACCGAAUUCUUGUUCUUGAUGGGAUCCAGGAUCCUGGCAACCUCGGCACACUAAUUAGAUCUGCCAAGGCAUUCGGAUGGGAUGGGGUGUUUCAGCUGCCCGGCUGUUGUGAUCCAUUCAAUGACAAAGCCCUGCGAGCUAGUCGGGGGGCUUGCUUUCAGAUGCCAAUAGUUUCGGGCAGUUGGACACACGUGGAAACUCUUGGACAAGAAUUUCAAAUGAAGAUGUUGGCAGGACAUCCUGCAACUGACGAUUGUCGGUAUCCGGUGAUGAGGCUGUGUAAAGAGUUUGCAGAUUCAGUGGCGGAGAGGGGUGUGUGCUUGGUGUUGGGAAGCGAAGGAGGCGGGUUGUCCGACCAUAGCCGGAAGGUUUGCGAGCUUGUGGCAAUUCCGAUGGCCGGAGAGUUCGAGAGUGUUAAUGUUUCUGUUGCCGGCGGCAUUUUCAUGUACAUGUUGCAAAAUGAGAGGUGCAAACAUGUUUGACAAUUUUAUCACUCCUUCGGUCGCAGUUAGAUGUAUUCAUUCGACUUUUGUACGCAGAUUUAUAUAUAUUAGUAUUUUAUAGGCAAUAGUAUUCUAUUUACUUUUUAGUGA